UCUCAAGCUGAUACAUCUUUAGUCGGCAAUGAAACCGAGUGGCUCAAAGAAAUGGAGAAUUCUACAAAAGUUGUUUCUAAAAGGCUAACAAUCAUCCUGACCACUAACCUAUGUGAGUACUUACAUGAUGAGUCAAGAUUUAGAGAGUUUUUGUUUUGUCUAGACAUCCUAGUUUCUGGUGACAGUGAUAGUUCUAUAUCAAAUUCAGCUCAGCUUAUGGCCUCUGGGAUUCCACUUCAUUUGCUUGGAUAUUUGCCUCAAUCAAACCUGAGUGUGGAGAUGCAAGACCUGCUGGGCAACAUUAUCUCUUCCAUGUGUCUACACCUUGCCAAAAUGAUCCUACCAAGUUUACAGAUCAAUAAAAGAAUGUUGACUCUAGGGAUGUCAAAGAUAUCAUGUGUAAAGCUCACCUCACUUCAGCCAGUUCUUGACAGACUCUCCAGUAGAGAAGAGAUAACAGCUGUGCUUACUCUACUCUAUUUCUCUUAUCUUCAUCAAUACAGAUAUUGGGAUAAUGCUCAGCUUCUUAACUUCCUAACACAAAUUUUGAGAAGACACCCAGACAUAUUUUCUUAUGAAAGUGUUGUGAUAAGAGCUUUGGUUUACUUGUUGUCCAGUUGUCAGUUAAGCGUUCCACUUGUCACUGAUUGCUACAGUGGAGAUAUUGAAAAAUUUGUAUUGUUACAGUUAGAGAAAACACCAAUAGAUGUUUGGUUCACUGACUGUCUCAUUGUGUACAAGUGGUGUCUACUGACACAAGAAAGAACAGCAACUCUAGGAACAAAAUUAGUGGAGUAUUGGCUGACACAGAUAGACAUUACUCACUGCUCUGACAGUCACAUGCUGGACAGUCUAAGUGAGAAUAACAAAAUGCUUCUUGAUGACAUGAAGUUUCAUUUUCAAUUUCUUAUGAGUUUAUUGAACCACUUAUCCUCAGAAAGUAUAUCAUCCAAGGCAAGAAAUGUCUUUGUUUAUUGUAUUUCCAAACUCACUCGUGAUGAUAUGUCACUUGUGAAUGCAGUACAUAAGUUGUUCAUUUAUGCUACCAGAAGCUUUGAGACAUCAUAUCUCCAGAACACAACUGCUAAUGUUGCUGAAAACUUUCUCUGUGUUAUGAAUGUCCUGCUAAAUUGUCAGCUGAGCUCAACCAUUGACAGGAUAAUUUGUGUCAAGUCUGUGUACCUAGUCCUGAAGUUAAUAACAAAAGAUGGCCAAACAUUGUCCACUGUGACAAAUGGGUUACAGUUUUUGUCUUCAGUCACUCAAGGGUUAACUUUUCAAGACAGCAAGACAGUAAUUCCACCUAUCCUACAGAAUGAAAGAUUUUUGACUAUCCUUGAGAAGUGUGUUACACAGCAAGAUGCCACCAUAUCACAACCUUCUCUUGUUUUAGUUUCAUGGUUAGCUUUUCAUGAUGAUGGAAUACAGAUCCAAAGAUCAGUGAGAAUAUCAUCAGAUUAUCUCUUGCGAGGUUUAGCCAUGUGUAAGGCAGAUCUCUGUGUUCCACUGAUAAAGUUGAUUGAUGUGGCACUCUCCAAGAAGCAGGGAGCAAUGACAUUUUAUAAAUGUCAACCCAAUUACAAGUCUACACAGAUUUUUUCCUUUAGAGAACUGAAACAAAUAUACUUGUAUUUGCAACAGUUUAUACUUCAGGAAAACCUGGAUGUUAGGUGUUCUGUAGUGAACUGUAUUGAGAAACUACUAGCAGCAGGACCAGAGAUCAAUGAGUAUAUAUUAUACCAAGCUUGGAACAUUCAGAUGCUAGAAUCUGUUUUAGCAUCAAGAAAGCUGCUUGGUCUUACAGAGGCUGAGCUCACUUUGUGCUGUCUGUUCUCAUCAAAAGUUAACAUUUGGAGUAGCAUAGCAUUGGACAGUUUUUUAAUGGCCCUAAUUAACACAGACCUUUUGCAAGAUCAUGGGCACAAAGCUGUUAUGUUUAUGCAAAAAAUUAAAAAAAGCAUAAACUUUGACAAGGAGCUGUUACAAUUAGCUGAAUUACAUCUUAAUGAAGUAACUAUUCAGAAUAGAUGAGCUUGUACUUGUACCAAGAAUAUUUAAAUUAAAUUAUCAAGAUGUUAGAAUGGAU